AUGGGGAAGCGGAAGUCCAAGAGAAAGCCACCCCCAAAAUCUAGAGCUGUUGAGCCGUUAGACACUCAGUUUAACUGUCCGUUCUGUAAUCAUGAAAGAGUUUGCGAAGUAAAAAUGGACCGGGAAAAGAAUGUUGGGAAAAUUGUUUGUCGUGUUUGUUCGGAAGACUUUCAAACUAUUAUCAAUUACUUGUCUGAACCGAUAGAUGUUUAUUCCGACUGGAUUGACGCUUGUGAGCAAGCUAAUGCCUAA